GGCUCUUGGGGUGGGGCGGAACUCUGGGAGCCCCAACAUUCCUUCCUGGGACACCCCAAAGAGUCCUUAGUUACCAACGGUCAGAGCGACCACGAUGUUCCAGGCGAACAGCUCCCGGUUUCCCCCGGUCCUGCGCCUGCUCCAGCCAUUUGUGCUCCCCCAAACCUUCUUUCCCCCAGGCUCAGCCCCGCUGCGCCCACAGACGAUGCAGCAGCAGCCCAUCCCUGCAGCCUGGGCGCCCCCCCAGGCCCCACCAGCAGGGCUGGUGAGGGCACCAUGUGGGUGCUGCUUUGACCCCAGGAUCUUCCACAUUCAAUGGACCGUGCCCUAUAACCACCAGGGCACAGCGGUGGCGGCAGCCACUCCAGUGCUACCACCUCCCAUCCCAUCUGGCUACCAGAGCCUGGAGGAAAAAUUUGCACGUCUGACCAUCUCCAGCAAGGCCACCGCUGCAGGGACACCUCCAGGCAGCCAUGUCCGCCCCAGCUGCUCGGCUGCCCCCAGCAACAAAGCCACUGGGGACCCCACAAGCCACAUGGCGGGCCCGAAGAAGACCAUUCCACAAGAUGCCCGGGGCAAGAAAGAUGUCAGCAGUGUCCCCAAACCUGAAGAGCGGGGGCACAAACGCAGGCACGGACAGGGGCACAGCCCCGAGCCCCCCAGCAAGCGCAGCACAGGGACGGAGCUGCCGCAGUCCCAGGCUGCCCCGGCAGAGCAGCGGGGCCGCAAACGGGGCCACGAAUGGGGGCACAGCCCCGAGUCGGAGCCCCCCAGCAAGCGCAGGGCAGAGACAGAGCUGCUGCGGUCCCAGGCUGCCCCGGCAGAGCAGCGGGGCCGCAAACGGGGCCACGAACGGGGGCACAGCCCCGAGUCGGAGCCCCCCAGCAAGUGUAGGGCGGGACGGCCGGAGAAGCCGCUGGUGCCAUUGUGGCCGUGGGGCAGGCGCAGGACCCCGUCGCAGAGCCCGAGGACCUCGGACACCCCGGUUGUUGCUGGGGAGAUCCUGGAGGGGGGUUUGGGAUCCCAAGAGGAGCUGCCGGCCCAGGGGGCCCAGGCGGGCGCCCCGCUGCCCCAGGCACCGCGGGGGCUCUCGGGGCUGGAGCAGCUGCCGGUGCCCACGUUGGUGUCGAAGGGAGGGAAGAGGUCGCUGCAGAGGAGCGACCUGGUGAAGGUGUCGCUCCAGCCGCUGGCAUUGAAGUCGCUGCUGGGCCAGCCCUUUCCGCUGAGCGGGACCACCCUGAUGCCACCGGAGCCGUGUGCCCUGGUCCCUGGGGAGUGGAAUCCUUUGAGCUUCUCCCUUCCCUCUGCAGCAGGAAGAGCUGGAGCAAGAGCGACUGUGGUGCUGGGCUGUCCUGACGACUGGGUUGGGUACCGCAAUGUCUGCUACUACCUGUCGAGUACGGAGCAGGAGGGGAGCUGGGAGUGGAGCCAGGAACGGUGCUCCUUGCUCGGGGCCUCGCUGGCUGUGCUGGAGAGGGAGUGGGAAACAGAGUUUCUCUCACGCCUCAGGGGCAACAUUGAUUACUGGCUUGGGCUGCGGAGACGGGACGGGCGGCUGCAGUGGGUGAACGGCAGCAGCUUCAACCACACGUACCUGGUGUACGACCAAGGCGAGUGUGCAUUUUUGAAUGGCCGUGGUGUUGUGAUUUCAAGCUGCUCACAGCUCCGACCAUAUCUCUGCAGCAAGCCCCAAGCUAUCAUGUGAAAGAGGGGGGGAUGGAGAAAGGACCUUCUCCAUGCUGGGACCUCCACAGUGUCACCUCUUCCAGCAGCACAGGGUGACCUGGGGAUGUUCUUCGCUCAGCUGCAGCUCUGGAUUUCUCCAGGUCUCAGUAACAACUCGCUGUCCGGUCUCAAGGAGAGGGACCUGCAGGAGGGGCAGACACUGGGGAUGGUGAUAUCUGACUGUGUGGAUUGGGAGCCUGGGUUGUACGUGGAACUGGUUUCUUUCCCCUCGAACCACUGCAGCACUCAUCUUGCUUUUCUCACAAUUCCCCUGAAUCUGGUUUUGCACUGUGGUGAUGGAGCUCGAGGUGCUGCUGCCAGAUGAGAUGGGCGCAGGGAGCUCGGCCCAUCUCCCCAACCCUGUGCUGGGACGUGAAGUGACCUCCUGUGGCACCUGUUACUGAUACAGACCCUGUUGCUGUUAUUUUGCUAUUUUUUUUUAAUUAAAACAUGGUAAAUAAU